AUCGACCUCGCUUCCCUUUCUGACCCGACAUGCGUGCCUUCAUCGUGUCACCGUCGCAUUGACUCAAUCAUUCCAGACCAGCACUCUCAGAACUAGCGAGCCUUCCGGUGCUGCUGAGUGCAAUACGGCUUGCCAUACCUCCUCAUUUGACGCCUCAGACUCGCGAACACAAGGAACCCACCUUUCUCGUCCGCUUGAAGCUAUCCGCCGCCGAGGGUAGGGACUUUCAACCAGGAUGGGACCUCUCAAACCAAGGUCGGGAGCGCCCAAGGCACUGUCUCUGCCCAUGGGUAGUUCCUCUCACUCUACGUCUUCGCCGUCUGGCACUUCCUCACCGUUUGCAGGACAGCUCUCGGCAAACGCAAUUGGCGCGCAAUCUCAAUCGCACCCGGCAAUGACAAGACACGGGUCUGCCAGUGGAGAAGAGGAGCACCUGUCCGAAGGAUUAGCAGCGCGGGCUCCUCGACCAGAGAGCGGCAGGAUACCCAGCGCAUCAACGAGCACGUCUAUCCCGACACUCAAGAGUCAGCUGCCUCGAGGACAAGAGCAGAGUCCUUUCUUCGCUUCUGCGAAUCAGGAAGUCUCCGGCGAUCGGAGGCAGUCUGACAAAGGGCCAGACACAGCUCCGGAUUACUUCGCAAUGUCAGGGACAGCAGUGCCGGCAAGCGCCACUGCGAAUGAGCAGUCAGGGCUGAUGCCACCCACGCCUGCUGGCGCAGACACGCAGUCGCACCCUUGGGCAUCUUUCUUGCCAAGUCAUGUCCCACAGACGCCGGGUGGCGUGACUCCCUUGGUGGUGCCCCCAGCAUCAUCCUCUGUCGGCUUCUUCGAGCAACCAACGAAUACGAAAAUACAGAAGACGCCUCGUGCAGACGAGCUGGUGACAUCGUCUUUCAGCGGCGUCACAGACGGUGGAGCGACUCCGACUUUGCGCUUUCCCUCCGCAGGGCCCCUAAACUCACCUGCGUCAGGUCCCAUCUCCGGAGGAAUCAGUGUCAGCGGCCAGCACAGGACUGGCAAGUUAUCUGGAGCCUCGGCCUCUUCAGCGCGGACAGCUACCUCUGCAGCUUCCUCAAUUCCAGCAGCGGACUUGACGCGAUUUACGGCUUUAGAUGCUUCGACUCUGGUAGAGCUACUCAACGGAGGCGCUGGCGAAGUCGACGUCGAGCGCUCGCCGAGAGAGUCAAAUCCCACGAGCAAAGCUCGUCUGCGACGGAGUUCGCGGAGCAGCUCUCCGGGUGGCACGUCCUCCGCGUCUUCCACCACCGAUGGCGACGACGGUUCUACAUCUACGCUCAUUAUUGACAUUCGACCAUCAACCUCUUUCAACUCGGCGAGGAUAGCUCGCAGUGUGAACGUCUGUGCUCCUUCCACGCUCCUCAAAAGACCGGCCAUGACAGUGGACCGCAUCGAGUCGGAAAUGCUCGGUUCCUCUCAGGACGCCAAGCGUUUCAAGCGGUGGCGGAAGGGUGUUCGCAAGUCUUCGCCCGAAGCGGUCAAUCAUGGAAGCGUGAGCGACGAUGAUAUUGAGGAGCCAGAUCGACCGCUGCGGCGCAUCGUGGUUGUUGAUACGGAUACUCGCAGUCUAGGAGAAGCUGGUCGACCCAAUACCGGUGGCGGCGGUGCAUGCUUGACUGGCCUUCUACGCAAAUUCGAUGCAGCAGGAUUCCAAGGAGAUCUAUGCUGGCUAGUCGGUGGCUUCACUGGCUUUGCCCAUACCGUCGGGCAGAGCAAGGAGGAGGAUCACCGAGCUCUAUUGGAGAAUCGACCUCUUCGAGCUGAGUCAGCGACACCUGUCAAGAAAGCCCCUCCGCGCCUAGAGGGUCUGAUCCCCCCCGACGCUGAACGGACACGACGUUCUUCCGUGCCUCGUCUUCCCAGCGACAGCAGCAACGCCCAGCGCAGUCCUGAUUAUGGUGACGAGCAGCGACACUCGCUGGUGCAGCCUCGAGGGUUGCCUGCCGAAGCCUUCACCACUCGGAGUCUUGCUGGAUCUUGGAACAACGAGGCUGGUCAAAGGAGGAUGAGGGGCAUUGAAGCUUCGCAUUCGCAACCGGCUCAGCUCGGGGUGAAUCAAGGACGACCGCAACCUCAGGCUUCUGCCAAUCCGUUCUUCGACAACAUACGGCAAAAUCGAGAACUGGCUCAUGGUGUCACUGAGACUGUGCCGUUGGAUAUCCCAAAUCUUUCUUCGGCUCAGCGAGACGCACUGCCGCCGUUCUUGCAACACCUGGCAGACCUCGACCCCAAAACCAGAGAACAAAAAUUGGCGGAGGACUUCUUCAACGUGGAGCGGGAUGAGCAGCAGCGACUUAUGCAGACCAUGCGGAAGCACGCUGCUGAAAGCUCAGUCGAUCCACGCAGUGCCGACAACUCGCACGCUGGGGCAGAUUCUGUGGAUCUGUCAGGUCAGCAACCGAAAGAUCUGCCGGCCGCUCAAAGGCUGGCCUCACGACAUAGUGCUGUUUCUGGAGCCACUCCUCAUCACUUUCCUUUCAGCAUUGCAGCCGCUCUCGAGAGAGGCGCUGAAAACAGGUACAACAAUAUCUGGACCUACGAGCACAGUCGUGUGCGCGUAAGCGAGCCUCCAGCGGGAUGCACCGACUAUCUCAACGCCAGCUUCGUUGAACCUCUGAAUCGUUUCGGAAGUAGGAGACGAUACAUUGCUACUCAAGCACCACUGCCCAGUACCUUUGAAACCUUUUGGCUGGCUCUGUGGGAACAAAAUGUUCAUGUCAUUGCGAUGCUCACUCGGGAGCAUGAGGCGGGCAGGGUACAGAGUCAUAUGUACUGGGGCAGCCAGCAUUACGGCUCGCAGCUCGAGGUUCGCUUGGUGUUUGAGGAAGCUCUCGAUGAGAAAGGCAGUUCGCUUGGGCCGCCUGCCAGCACUAACGACUGCAAGACAGAAGACGACAAGAAGGGCGGAAACCUGUUUCCUUCCAUGCACUCGGCGCAAGAGGACGCCGAAAAGGUGCACAUCAUCCGAAGGAUCCUUGAGCUCCAUCACCACGGUCGUGGUGAAAAGCGGGUCCUCACACAUCUGCAAUACGUGGCUUGGCCCGACUACCACAUUCCCGAGUCGCCGACUGGUCUGUUGCUCUUCAUGGAGCUCGCCGCGUCUGCUCAAAAUAUGCACAAUAACGUUGGUCCCCUUCUCGUACACUGCUCUGCUGGAGUUGGCAGAACAGGGACUUAUAUUGUCAUAGACUCGGUGCUCGAUGUACUGCGUCGGAGGCGCGCUGAAGCAGCGGGCAAGGCGCCUCUGCCAGUAUGGCAACCUCGCGCUGAUGCUGGCUCUGCUGGCCUGCACACCAACAGCUUGUCUUCCAGUGGAAGCACGUAUGGAAACAUCAUCGGGCGGGAUGGCGACUACUUUUCCUCGAAACGCGUACCGCGCAAAUCACUCAAGCGGGAGCUGUCACCCUCAGACAUGGACGUUGAUCAGGCUGCGGAAUCGAUUACUUCCAACGGCGAACGUCGAAGUGAUCUUUCGAGUCCGCCGCCCAUGCGCCGAUCUCGCUCGGACGCCGACAGCGUGGAGAGCGAUGCUCGUUCCAUAUCGGGCCUUAGCAGCUCUGGCGGUCCCACCAGCAGCAGCAGCAGCUCCUCUGCAGGCAGCGCUGCGGGAGCCGGUUUCCUUGCCAUGACACCAGACGCCUCAAGGAGACCGAGCGAAGCACAAAGUGGCAUGGACACGCCUUCCAGAGCUAUGCGCAGCCUUCACAUUGCUGUAGAUUCAUCCUCCUCAGCUUCUCCUGGCCCCAAUAACUUGCAUCGGUCCGCCGCGCAAGCAUCCGCCUCACAAUCACACUCCAACGAUCCGUUCAACGCAGCAAGUUCGAGUCCAAAUCCUUUCUCCACGCAAUCAGUUCUACACUCGAAUGUAGAGGCAGCUUCGACUUCGCCCAAGUCAAACUCGUUUGUCUUACCUGAUUCCGCCAGUCAAGACUCCAUUGCCACAACAGAUUCUACAACCUCGGACGCCGCGAUCGGCGAGACGGAUCUCAUCCAAAGCGCUGUCGGCGUGGUUCGAGAGCAGCGGAUGAGCUCGGUGCAGACCACUCGGCAAUUCGUCUUCACCUACUCUGCCGUGCUCGCCGGCUUGCUCCGAGAACUCGACGCCGAAGCCGCUUCAUGAGUCAGUGACCCCCACGCUGACCACCGUGGUGGAUCCUCAUCGCAUCACGCCUCGCAA